AUGGCAACUUUCAACUUCACCACAUCUGACCCUUCAACUCUCAUCCUAAUGGGUAUCCCUGGUCUGGAAGCUGGACACAUCUGGAUUUCCAUCCCUUUCUCAACUUCCUACCUUAUCAGUCUUUUCGGAAAUAUUAUGCUUCUUUUUGUUGUAGGCAAAGAGCAGACCCUCCACAAGCCAAUGUACCUGCUACUCUGCCUGCUGGCACUCACAGACAUCGCCACAUCUACCUUCAUUGUGCCAAAGGCACUGUGUAUAUUUUGGUUCAAUUUGAAAGGCAUUACAGUGGGUGGCUGCCUCACUCAGAUGUUCUUACUUCACACGGUUUCUUUUAUGCAGUCAGCCAUUCUCGUGAUAAUGGCCUUCGAUCGCUAUGUUGCCAUAUGUAACCCUCUGAGAUAUGCCACCAUCCUCACCAAUGCACGAAUAGCUAAGCUAGGGCUUGUGGGUUUGAUCAGAUCUGUUAUCUGCAUGUUGCCUCUGCCCCUGCUCCUGAGCAGGCUGCCAUUCUGUGCCGACCGCAGUAUCCCCCAAACACACUGCGAGCACAUGGCUGUGGCGAAGAUCUCGUGUGGGGACAUCAGAGUGAACAGAAUGUAUAGUUUUGUUAUAGUGUUUGUAGUCAUCGGGAUCGACCUGACACUCAUUGCUCUGUCCUACAGUCUGAUCAUCAGGGCCAUCUUCAGAAUCUCCUCCAAGAGAGCCCACCAGAAAGCCCUCAACACCUGCACAGCCCACAUCUGUGUGAUGCUGACAUCUUAUGUUCCUGGCUUCCUUACCAGUCUGACUCACAGGUUUGGUCAGGGCAUCGCUCCCCAUGUUCACAUCAUCUUGGCCAACCUCUAUUUCCUCCUCCCUCCCAUGCUGAACCCUAUCAUUUAUGGGAUCAAAACCAAAGAGCUUCGUGACAAAGUGGGCAAAUACACCUGCAGAAGGUGAUCAGCAGGGGCGACUGACUUUAAACCUGUGUGACAAGAAGGGAAAAGGACAUCUCCUCAUUAAUGAAGGGUGUUA